AUGAAUGACACAUUUCUAAACCUAAGCGAUAGCCAUUGCCAUUUUAACCCGGAAUGUACUGCUAGUGACACAGAGAAAUUUGCAGAAAGACUCAACGAGCAAUCAAAACAGAUCCCAGACAACUACUUUCAUCUAAUGACUACUCAACAUUUGGAUCUUGAAUUUAUGGAUACAUUACUAACCAGGUUAGAGAAUCCAAGAGUAUUAGUUCCAUAUUUUGGUGUACACCCUUGGUUUUCUCAUUUGUUUUAUAUUGAAGGUACCCCCACCAAGGAGGAACAUUACAAGAAUGUUUUGAAACCAGAACCUUCCAAUGAAUUAUUGGCUACAUUACCUGAUCCCAUUAGUCUACACAAACACAAAGAUAGAUUUCUAGAGAUCAUUAACAAACAUAACCUUGAAAUAUAUGGAAUUGGCGAAAUUGGGUUGGAUAAACUAUUCAGAGUUCCUAAUAACGGCUACUGUGGUAAUUUGAAUUUCCCACUGUCGACAGAAAAUAAAUUAUCUGCUUGUAGAGUUGAUAUUAAUCAUCAAUUGGAUGUUUUUAAAUUUCAACUAACAUUAGCUGAACAAUUAAAGAAACAAGUGUCUUUGCAUUGUGUUAAAGCUCAUGGCUUAUUGUUUGAUCAAGUGAAAAAGUUUUCCAAUAUUACAGUCAUCCUUCAUUCGUAUACCGGAUCAAUUGAACAAGCACAGGUGUGGAUAAAAUCGUUACCCCAGAACAGACUCUACUUUUCAUUUUCAAAUUGGAUCAACGGAGAAAAAAUAGAGGCUCUAAAAGCACUUGUAACGGCACUUCGACCAACGCAAAUAUUGAUUGAAUCAGAUAUUGACGUUGACAGAAGUUUCAUUGAGCAGAGGCAAACAAAACACUUUGACCACCUUGAUGGCAUUUACAAAAAGAUUCAUGAGCACAUUUUUAUAGAUUCAUUACAAAUUCACAACAACAUGCUAAAUUCUAUAGGCAUAUAG